AUGCCCCUUGCCGUGGUAUCGCAAUCCGCCUUCCCUUUACUCCUCGCCUCGUGCCGUUCAUGUCACGCCCCCGGCAGUACCAGCUUCGCAAAUGCCGCCAAUUACGGCAGUGCGACCCAGGCCGCCGCUCUCUGCUGCGCAUCACCCGAUCGAGUCGCCUUUUCCCGAGAACGUGAUCGGGGAGCAGCAGCUGCGCAAGCAAGCCCCGGCGCGCGCGGCUCGACGAGAGACGAAAUUCGCGAAACGGCGUGGAGCAAUGACGCUCGCGACAGCGGCAGCGAUGCAAGCGAUGGCGAGGCGCCGCGGCCUGGCGGGAACUCGCGGCGGGUACGGGCGAGCCCGCGACGAUCGCGGGGGGAAGAGAUUGCGUUGGGCGGUCGGGCAGGAGGAAGGGCUGAGGAGGGAAGGGAGGCGGGCGGGGAAGUCGGCGAAGGAGACGAGUCGCGUGCCCGCAGGCGACAGGAGGAGAGACGAUCGUUGACCAGCGGGGCUAGACGGCGGGGCAGGGGCGGAACGGGGGGUCGAGGUGGCGGGAAGGAUGGGCGCGCACCGGACGCGGCGGAGUGGACUGAAGGAGAGUCACGGGCGCGGGGAUCGAGCGGGUGGAGAGGGGAAGAAGAGCGGAGAGACGAGCGGACAUCAUGGUCGGAUGAUAAGGGGCGAAGGGAAGGCACGGGAGGAAGCGCCGGUAGAGCGGAGAGCCGGCGGAGCGACGGGGCAGGGAGGGGAAGGGGUUCCAACGGCGGGAGGCGCGGUCGGGGGAGCAGUAGGAGGCAGGCGGAUCGCAGCGCGGACGUGGGAUCGCACAUGGACUCGGAGCGCCUCUGGGUUCCCCCCACUCCGCGCAAUUUCGAGGCGCGUUCCGGCGGGAUCCACGCUGGGAGCAGGCGGCGCGCGGUUGGGGCUGGGCGGCCACGGAAUGGGGGGGGCUGGUUCGCUGCGGAUGGCUCUCCGUACAUUCCCGAUGACUCUGCGUUUGCUGCUGCUUUGGAUUCCGAUUCUGAGUCUGAUUCUGAUACUGGUGCUGCUGGUUCUGCCGCCGCUGCUCCCAAUGCUUCUGCGCUAAGCUCUAGCCGUGAGCAACGGUGGGCAGGGCCGGACGGUGGCAGUAGCUGGCGCGCGCGCGAGGCGGGGGAGGCGCGCGCGCAGAGCAUGCGCGCGCCCUCGAGCAGCGCGGAGCCCGCCGGGGAGGCAGGGCUGGCGGGCACAGACGGGGGAAGAGCCUGGGGGGGAUGGGCGGAGGCGGAACAGACGCAGGAGGGGAGAGACAGCGGGGCAGAGGGCGACGGACGGGGCAGGAGGGGGGAGAGGGCGGAGCGGGGGGAGGGGCGGGGAGAGCAGGAAGAAAAGGCGGUUCUGCAGGUGGCGCUGCUGCUGCGGCAGCAGCGGGACGCGCGGGGGCGCAUUGCCGUGCUGAGAGCGGCGGAGGCGGCGUCGUUUGGCAGCACUCGUGUAAUGUGGCUGUCACUGCUCUCCCACGUGGCCGCCCGGUCACCAUGGGCCAGAACCAAGGAGGUGUUUGAGUUUGUGAAGGGGCGAGUGUGGUUCCGCCCGCACCCCAUGUGGCAUGCCAAGAUGAUCGCACUGCUCACCAAGUCUCGCCUGCGCCAGCUGCAGCGCCGCCAGGCAGGCACAGGGCAGGGUGGGGCGGGGCGAAACUCACGCGUACUGCCAGGGCAGGGACGUGUGUGGGUCAGAGACGGAAGGGAGCAGUUGAGAGGGGCGCGGGGGGAGGAGCGGGAGCGAGGGGGUGUGGUAGGGAUGGUAAGCGGGGUACGGAAUGGCGAGUUUCCACCAGAGGAUGGAGACGAGGGGGGUGAGGAAGAGGAGGAGCAGGCGGUUGGAAGGAGGAGACGAGGGGAGGAGGAUGGUAGAGCAGGAGGGCAGGUGAGAGGAGGAGGGGUGCGGGGCGGCGGCGGCGACGGGGAGGGUGGGGUUGCAGGGGGUGCAGGGGCGGAUGGGGUGGCGGCAGUGGUGGUGCCGGUGUGGCGGCUGUUGGACGAGAUGCAGCUAGUGGGCGUGCCCCCCUCUGCCUCUGUCUGUAACUCCCUGCUCAAAGCGCUCUGUGCUGCUGCUCUGCUGCCCGCCCCUCCCCGCGCUGCUGCUGCUGCUGCUGCUGCUACUUCACGUGACGAUGGUUCUUAUGGGGAUGGGAGGUCGGCAGGGAGAGGCGGGGAUCUUAAGGGGCGUGUUGGCAAACCGGAAAGGGGCGCGGAGGAUUCUCGGGGUGUUGGGACGGGAGAGGAUGAAGGGAGGAGAGGGAGGAGGGGCGAGAGUAAGAGGAGGGAGAAGGGGGUAGAGGGGAAUGAGAUGCUGCUUGAUGCGGCCAUGCGACUGCUGGCGUGCAUGGUGGCGGUGCAGCGCCGGGAGCAGCAGAUGCAGGAGGAGGAGAGGCGAGCAGCAGCACGCACAGCCGACACCAGCAGCAGCAGCAGCAGCAGCAGCAGCAGCAGCAGCAGCAGAAGGGCUGUGAGAGUGGAGUUCCGGUUUCCUCUGACCGGCUACGAGAAAGGCAGGACGGGAAGAGUAGGCAAGGGCGUGCGAGGAGGAGAGAGGAGCAGCAGCAGGGGGGGCGGUGAGGAGGAGGUGCGGGUGGUGCUGGGAGAGGGGUGCGGCCCCACUGCAGUGUCGUUCAACAUUCUGCUGGACGCGCUGGGGCAGAGCGGGCGACUGGCAGGCAUGGAGCAGCUGUGGCACCAGAUGACGCUGCUCGGCAUCGCCCGCACACACGUGCGUGCAUUGAUUGUGGAGCGUGCCUCUCACCUCACCUCACCUAUACCCCUCUCGCCACUGCAUCCCCCGCAGGCCACAUACCUGGCCGCCAUGUCAGCAUACGCGCGCCACCGCAGCGCAUCGCGCCUGCUCUCCAUCCACCGCCAGAUGGCGGCGGACGAUUCGCUGCCGCCACCAACCCGUGCGACACUCUCAGUGCUGAUAGAGUGUCUGGGAGAGGUGGGCGCGGUGGGGAGGAUGGAGGGCGCAUUCGAAGCCAUGCAGGAGCGCGGAUGGGUGGUCUCAACGGCCACUUGGAACUCUGCCCUGGCAGCAUAUGCUGCACGCAACGACAUGAACGGCAUGUGGAGGAAGUUUGAGGAGGUGAUGGCGGGUGGGGGCCACCCAGACACAGCCACCUUCACGCUGCUGCUCUCGCACCUCGCCCAGCGCCGCCAGCUGCACCGCAUUGAACACCUCUGGUCUCUCCUCGCCCCUCCUGCCACUGCUUCCGCUUCCGCUUCUGCUUUUGAUGGUGUACCUGCACCUGCUGCGGCUGCGGCUGCAGGUGCAGCUACUGCAGCGUCCGUGCAGCAGCAGCACUCCUCCUUUCCUCUCAAGGCCGACCCGAACCAGCAGUGGUUGCGGCGGGGGCAGGGGUUGCAGGCAGGAGAGGAGCUGUACAGAGCAGCAAUGCGGGCAUUCGGGCGGUGCAGGGCAGUGGGGCGUGUGGUGGACGUCUUUGCAGCGAUGGUCGAGGCAGGCGUUACUCCCUCCCUCGCCUCCUUCCAUGCGCUUGUCGUACCGUGUGCGCGCGCUCGCAAAAUCGGAGUCAUGGAGGCUGCUGUUGCUGCGUUCCUCUCCACUGGGCUAGUGGAGGAGAUGCGAGGGGUGGAGGUGGGGUUGAAGGUGGGCGAGGAGGAGGGUGAUGGGACGAGAGGGAGGGGUGAAGGGGGUGGGGACGGCAGGGGUGGGCGUGGCGAGGUGUGGGGACGGGGUUUGGGUGAGGGAGAGGAGAGCAGGGAUGGUGAAGAGGGAGAGGGAGAUGAAGGCAUGGUGAGGGAGAUGAUGAUGGAGGUAGCUGCAGCGUACGCGACAGAGGGUAUGGAGGAGCAGGCAGGGCGUUUCAGAGAGCUUGCUGAGCGACUGGUGGUGGUGUCGCUGCAGGGCGGGGAGGGUGGGAAAGGGAGAAAGGGUGCAGGUGAGGAUGAGGGGAUGGAGGAUGACAGUGAAGGAGACAAUGAGGAAGAGGAGGAGGAGGAGGAGGAGGAGGAGGAGGAGGAGGAGGAGGAGGAGGAGGAGGAGGAGGAGGAGGAGGAGGAGGAGGAGGAGGAGGAGGAGGAGGAGGAGGAGGAGGAGGAGGAGGAGGAGGAGGAGAGGAAGGAAGAGGAGCACGACGAUGGUGACGACAACGAUGGUGUUGCUGGUGGCGGUGAUGGCCGUGAUGGUGAUGAUGAUGGUGAUGGUAUGCGCAAGGGAGAUGAGCAAGGAAUGCAGGGAGAAAGGGGUCGUAGCUCCUUUCAAAAUGGCCUUCAAAUUGGUUGUGGCAGGGCCACUAGUGGGCUUCCUGGUUGUGGGGACCAAGUUGUGCGGAGCAGGGAGGAUGGAUGGGCAGCAACAGGUGAAGCAGGGUCGCUUGGAAGCCAGCUGCCUGCAGUGGCAUCAGCUUGGCCGGCUGCCUCUAAACUCCCUUCGCACGGAGAUCUGCUGUCCAGUGAAGAGAACCUGAAGCUGAAUGGUGUUGGGAGCAGGCUGGGUGACGCAGCAGGUGGGACUCAGGGGUGGGAGAAUGGUGAGAAGACGGUGAGGUUAGGCAGGAGUGAAAGCAGCAGCAGCAGUCGCUCCAGUCACAAUGGCAGCUUCAGCACUGUUAGUACUGGCAGUCCUAGUGGCAGUGGCAGUGGCAGUGAUGCUUGGGGCAGCGGCGAUUUUGCGUACAGCUCAGGCGGCGCAGCAGAGUGGGAUGAUGGAAGGGCAAUAGAUAGGUCAUUUCUUGCCGGCCAGAGGCACGGCUUGUUUCAUUGGGACUUCCAGGUGUAA